UGUCGGUUUCGGUUAUCGUCAUUUGGUAUAUGCUGGAUUGCUAUCCCAAUACAAAGUAGAAAACAUGCACGUAGAGUGAAAAUUGUGAUUGACAGGAAGUGCCUGUGUCAAUAUUAUUCAUUUUGUACAACUAUUUAUGUUAUACAUACGUUAUAAAUAUAUUUUAUUAUGGUAGCAAAAGGAGAUAAAAGUCGUUCUGCAUCCCCCCGUUUGAACUUUCGACUGGAACUAGAUAACAGAGCUUUGAAAGCGAAAAACAGUACCUUGACUCAAGCUAUUACGAAGCUUCAAAAGGACAAUGCCGAGUUGGUCAAACAGUUAACCCUCCUUCAAAAGGAGAGCUUUGAAACCAAUUCGAAAUAUAAUAAUUUAAAAAAUGUUAUCUCCAUCAUUGAUUCUACGACGAAAACGUGCCUUCCCAAAAUUAAUGAAGUUGUAGAGACUUUUACAGGAAUAAUACAGCUGUGUUCUGUUGCCGCUAAUAUAAGUAAUUUCACUGCGAUUACUAGUACUGUGAAUAGAGAUGCGAGAACUCAAGCCGUCAAGCCACAGAUUGUAAACGGUCAUAUCUUGCACAAUCCUACUAUAACAUUAUCUAGGUUAUCAAACAACAACCACUCGGAAACACCUCCAGGAUCCAGCCGAUCUUCUAACAACAUGGCCGGACCAAGUACCAGUAAUAGUUCUUUAGGAAGCGACGAAAAUAUAAAUAGAUUCUCACAUAGGAACCAGGACCCUGGUAGCGAUAGUGAUAGCGAUGAAGACGUUCCGCAUGGUAACAAGGAUCAGAAUUCUUCGUUUGUAUGCAACGCAACAAGGCUUUCGUGUAGGAAAACGUCUGACAUAGACAUGCUGGCGCAUCAAGAAGAUUUCAGUAACAGUGACGAGGAAAAUGAAGAACCCGUCGAGGAGGAAGAGGAGAGCGAUGGAUGCGAAAGCGGCCACAGGCUGACGACCAUACACGAAAUGGAAGAAGAGGAGGAACAACAGAUGCUCAACUCUGUGUCGCCGAGAUCCAGGCAACGAAGGUUCGUCCAAGGCAGACUUCAAGAGGUGAGGAUCUAUCUGAACCAGCUGCCCAACACGUACAUCGAGCAGUUCCGAGGUUCGGGCAACAUCAGCAUUUCCGUUUCACCGCCCGAACGCCGGUCAUCCUUCAAACACAGGCCGUCCUCGCUCGUGAACGAGGUGGAUGAGUCGGUCAGGGAUAACGGACGACUGUAUCUGGAUGAAGUGAACUGUUCGAGGAUGUCGCAGGGCGAGACGAGUUUUAACGACAGCUCGAGGCAGAAUCAGGGCAAGGCCAAGCUGAACGUGACGUUGAACAACUCUUUGGGAAUGAAGUCCCCCGAUUACUACAACAGAAAUACGAAUUUGUGUAGUAGUUUGUCGGAGCAGUUCUCUGGUAAUAUAUCGACGAUUCAUGGUCUGGAAACGCCGUCGACGUCGGCGGUUAUUCAUAGCGAUACCAACUCUAUGCAGACGCAGACUUUACAAGAAUUGGACACGCUCCACAUUCAACUGCAGCAUAAAACGUCUACGCCCAUAACGCCCAGAAUGAGCGACAGCAUCAUGGCUAACAGCUCUAGGGCGUACGACAGCCCCAAUCGAUCGAAGAGCGACAGCCUGUUCUUCAGAUCGAACAUUACGAAAAGGAAGGUUGCGAAUAAAGAGAAGCGCAAAGUGGCUCAGGUCCUCCUGAACCGCCUCAGUCUGGAGAAGAGGCUCUCAAACAGUCCCGCGAAGGUGAUCGAGGGUAUGGUUGAUGUACCGUUGAUUCGGAAGUCCUCUGAAAUGAGGAAGUCUCUCAAAAAUGACGCCGAUUCCAAUGGUAAAAAUGUUAGCGGUACGCAUUCGGAAGAGGAGAACGUCAAAAAGCAAACCACUACCAAGGGGAAGGGCAAGCGGAAGAAGAGGGAUUCCCCUAUUCCGAAAGCUGGCGACCAAGCCAAGCCAAAGACGAAAAGUUCUCCUCCAAAGGCUUCUACUAGGCCGAAAAGGGCGGCUCGGCCUAAAACCUUGAAGGAACCCAAUUUAACCAAGAAACUGAGAAGAAGUAAAUGAUCCAAAGAUGUUAAGGACUGCUUCGGAGGCUUUUACGAAAUAAGUUUAGUUACUUAAGUUGUAAAUCGAAAUGGAAUGUGAAUUCCACUUUGUUACGGAGCUGCAUUUUUAGAGUAUUUAUCAAGCAUAGUUUAAAAUAUUUGGUUUCUUUUCACACAUUGCAGCUUGAAUUUUUGACUAGGAAGCUGUCGCAGGAGUUAAGAUAUGUUUUAAAAACAGUUAUUUGCUUGGGUUUUAUUGCGAUUCGGUAUUUUCCAUAAGGUUGUAGGCAUAUAUUUUGUACCGUUUGAACUCAACUGUAAAUUUAAUAUGGAAUCUGUUUGACAAAUAAAUAAGUUUUUAAAAAUUGGAA